CAGCUGAUUGGAUAGUUUAGAAUAUAAAUUCGUGCGGAUUGGACGCCAGAUAUCAGAUCGCUUACACAAGGUUUAGCUGUAAAGGUAAAAUACAUACAAAAGAACAAGAGAUGGAUCUUGAGAGUAUAUUUGAUGUUAUUUUACGAAAACAUCAGAAAAACAACCAUUUAAAUAGCACAGAUGGAAGUGAAAUCUUGUAUAAAAACUUUUUACAAGAAGACUUUGUAAUAUCAUCAGUUUCCUUGGUUAUUAUAUGUGUUGGGAUCAGUAUAGGAAUUGUUGGUAAUAUUUUGAUAAUAGGUGGCGUGACUGUAUAUGGAAGACUACGAACGACUGGUAAUGUAUUCAUUGUGAAUUUGGCCGUGGCAGAUUUAGUAGUGGUGACUAUUGUUCAACCAUUUAAUGUAAUAGGAAUAAUCCUUGGACCUGAAUUUUUCCACGGAAAGCUUGAAGCACUUUGUCAUAUGGUUGCGACAGUAUGUGUAAUGAGUUGUGCAGGUUCCAUGAUAACACUAGCAUCAGUUGCUCUAAAUCGAUACAUUUUCGUGUGUAAAAACAUUAAGUAUCAAUCCAUUUAUUCGAAGAAAAAGAUUGCGGUAUACAUUGUUUUCAUUUGGUUGCUAGUGAGUUUGAUUGAUUUACCCAACUAUCUUAGAUGGGGUGGUCAUACGUUCGACUACAAAACAAUGAGCUGCGUCUUUGAUAGAAACUUUCUACCAUAUACUAUGUUCCUCAGCACCCUUAUUUAUUGGAUUCCUCUAGCUCUUGUUUUCUACUGCUACAUUUCGAUAUACCUUUACGUUCGAAAGCAUCGAAAGGCGUUUCGAAAACAAAUGAGCAGAUGCGAAUCGAUUAAUGAGGAUAUUAUUUUAGCCAGGCAACAGCAGGACAUCCGAAUGAUACGGACGUUUGUUCUGGUAGUUAUUAUAUUCAUUCUUUGCUGGGUUCCUUACUUCGUCCUCGUUCUCUUCGACAGAGAUGAGAAGAUAUCGAAAGCCGUCUAUGCUUUCUCACUUGGUGUUGGUCAUUGCAACAGUUCCGUCAACAGCAUACUGUAUGGAGCAACCAAUAGAAGAUUCCGAAAAGGUUAUAAAAUGUUCGUUGUCAACUACUGUUGUAUGUGUUUCAACAAGAAAACGCCGAAAGAAACUGAGAGAAAAUUGUGGUAUGUCAGCAAAUCAAGUUCAAUUUACGAUGAAGACAAACCAAACACAAAUAGUUCAUCUUUGCCAAGUCAGUAGAUAACAACACAGAAAAAGCAAAGGAUUUGAAAAAGACAAAGAUGAACUGAAUAAAACAGCACAUUGCAUUUAUAUAUUGUAGAGCUAUAUUGAUGUUU